CGUUUCAGCAAAAACACUGCCACAUAAUUAUAUACUAGCACAUAUAGAGUAGAUAAUUACAAAUUUGCUGCACAACUGCUUCAAAACUAAAGCCUAAAUAAAGAUGCAGAUUUGGUACCUCAGUUGUAUCCUUGUUCUUUUUAUCGUUAUAAAUGGAUUGAAUGGAAAAACAGUUGACUCAGUGACUCAGAAGAAAAGAGGACUUUACUUUGGUCGUAUGAUAUCAUGUGAAACUGGCCGCAGUUUCAUUCAUUACUUGGAUUAUGGUUGUUUUUGUGGUUUGGGUGGAAAAGGUACCCCCGUGGACAAACUUGACACAUGCUGCUAUGUGCACGACAAGUGCUAUGGGGAUUUGUUGAAAAAGAAACUUUGUCGUCUUCAAAUUUCGACUUAUUCCAUCACCUACAAGUAUACUGGAUGUUCAACUUGUGCUGAACCUCAUCAGUACAGUUGGUGGGAUAGUUUUGGUUACGAGUCAGUCGCUUGUCGCAAAGCAUUGUGUGUUUGUGAUUCUGUGGCUGCCCGGUGUUUCAAGAAUUCUCCGUACAACAACCACUUCAAACAUUAUGAUCAGGAUAAAUGCUAAAUACGUAUAAACGAUUUCUGGCGAAAAUCAAUAUAUGAAUUUCUUACUUUC